AUGGGAACACUUUUGACAGUUUGUAUUCUCUCAAUUAUUAAUGGAUUUGCGUCCAUCGCAGGAGCGAUCGGAAACAUCCUGGUCUGUUGCGUUCUAUACCGAAACGAGGAAUUACAAACAGGUGUGAACUAUUUCAUUCUAAACCUUAGUGUGGCGGAUUUAACGGUGUGCACCAUCGCUCAGCCGAUGUACGUUUAUUAUUUAAACCAGGAGUGGAGCGCUAAGAACUUUGCAACUUUCAAGCUUGUCUCGUACUUUCCUUUGCAUUUUUCCUUCUCAAAUCUGCUACUACUUACGGUAAAUCGUUUAUUCGCUGUCUUGUAUUCUUUCCGAUAUGGGACGGUUAUGCGUGGUAAGAACGUGGCAGUGAUCGUGUGCUUAGCAUGGGGAGUUUCAGCUGUCCUGGCAAUCGUUUUUGCUGAGUCUCCCAUUCAAGAAACCGCUCCGUACUUUCACCUGGCAAUGCUGCUCACGUUUCUCACAAUAUAUUUGAAGAUUUUUUGUAUCGCCGAGAAGAAACGCCGCCAGAUUGUCUCGCAGUUUGAGUCUGUUUCUCAUAACUACAGAGUUGCCAAGGUCGCUCAAGAUUAUCUAACGACGCGCACGCUAGCAAUUCUAAUCUGCGUUUCUGUGGUCCUUUUUCUUCCCGAUUUAUGGCUCCAACUUACAGGAAGCGAAGACUCCACAAGAUUUUACUGGUCUUUCACGACGAUGUUUUUAAGCUCUUUUUUAAAUCCUUGUGUGUACGUUUGGAGAAGCGGAAAGUUUCGGUCGGCGCUGUACAAGACGUUUGGUUUGUCUCGAGCGAAAACCAGG